AACAAAAGGAUGGAUCAUGGGGUCAUGUUGAUCGUGAUGAGUUAUUGACCAAAGACUCUCUCCUAUCUACCUUGGCUUGUGUCCUUGCUCUUAAGCAAUGGGGUGUUGGUGAACAGAAAAUUAAUAAAGAGGCUGGGCUGGAAGCAAUUUAGAAGGCUGGAAAGCAUAUUUAGCAUUUAUUUCAGAAGGAUUUGGAAAUUCUCAAGAUUGGGAAAUGGCUAUGAAACAUCAAAGAAAGAAUGGAUCCUUAUUUAACUCACCUGCCACUACUGCAGCUGCUUUCACACACUUAAACAAUACACAAUGUUUUGAUUAUCUCCGCUCGUUAUUAGAUAAAUUUGGGAAUUCUGUUCCGACGUGGCAUCCUUUUGAUGCCUUUGCUCGAAUCUAUAUGGUUGACAGCCUUGAAAUAUUGGGCAUUGAUCGAUUUUUCACAGAGGAAAUCGGUCGUGUGUUAAACCAAAGAUACAGAUUGUGGCGGCAGGAUGAGGAUGAUAUAUUUUUGGAACCAACCACAUGUGCCAUUGCAUUUCGUUUACUACGGUCACAUGAAUAUGAUGUUUCUUCAGAUGCACUGAUUCGAUUUUCUAAAGACAAAUUCUGCAAUAGCCUUGAGGGAUAUUUGAAGGAUGUUAAUGCUGUUAUGGAGUUACACAAGGCUUCACAAAUACCUCUACUUUCACAUGAUCCAGUUUUGGAAGAACUAAAUUCCUGGACAGGAGAUUUCCUUAGGGAAUAUUUGUCUUGUUCCUCAGAACAGGAUCACAAACCUCUUCAUAAUAUUGACCAUGAGGUUCGUUUUGCUUUGCGAUUUCCUCAUCACACUUAUUUGGAUCGUAUGUUCAACCGAAAAAUAAUGGAGAAUCAUAAGGCUGACCAAAAGAGAAUUCUCAAAACAUCAUACAGUUCUGUGAACCUCGCAAACAGAGAAUUUAUUGAGUUGGCUGUUGAAGACUUCAAUAGUUGCCAGCUGGUAAUUCGUGAAGAAUUCGAAGAAUAUAAUAGGUGGUUUAUGGAGAGUGGAAUGGACAAACUACAGUUUCCCAGACCAAAAAGUGGCAUAUUCGUACUUGACAGCCGCAGGAACACAUGUGGAACCAGAGCUUCGUGAGGCACGUAUGUCAUGGGCUAAGAAUGGCUUGCUCGUAUCUGUUUCUGAUGACAUGUACGAUGUUUGGGGCUCUGAAGAAGACCAGACAAGGCUUGUCGAACUCAUGGAGAAGUGGGACGUAGACAUCGAGAAGGAAAAUUGUUCGGAGCCAGUUAAAAUAUUAUUCUUAGCACUGAAAGGAACAAUUUGUGAGAUAGCAGACCAAGCCCUUAAGAUUCAAGGACGAAGCGUGCUGAACCACCUGAUUCAGAUUGUGAGUCAUAUGUGUGUUGGGUGGACUGUCUGCGAUCUUUCCUACAGGAAGCUCAGUGGAGGAGAAACAAUUACGUGCCAAGCUAUGAGGAAUAUGUGCCGGUGGCACUAAUAUCAUUCGCCUUGGGACCAAUUCUCCUCCCAGGUCUGUAUCUGGUAGGACCUGAGCUUCCACAGGAAAGCAUUGAAAGUGACGAAUACAAUCGCUUAUUUGACGUGGUUAGCAUUUAUGGACGACUGCUCAACGAUAUCAACGGCUACAAGAGGGAAAUGGAGCAAGGAAAACUGAACGCGAUAGCAGUGAGAGUGAGGGGGUGAUAAGGAAGUGAAGAAGAAGUGGUGAAGGAGGUGAAGGAAGAGAUUGAAGAGAGCAGAAAAGAGCUGUUGAGAAUGGUUUUGCAGAAAGAGGGAAGCAUAAUACCGAGCCCAGUGAAGGAUGUGAUAUGGAAAAUGGCUAGAUCGUUGUACGUCACCUACAAGAAAGAAGAUGUCAUCCAUGCACGUGACUUGUCGGACGAGGUCAUCAGUGUCAAAGAUGCCGUUGUCAGCGAUCCCAUCGUUUUGAAAUAUGAUUAAGCAAUCCAGUUGAACUAAUAUCUUGAGCCUUAUUAUGCUUGGAUUAUGGUUUUGAUUAUUAACAUUUGAUCUAGUGUCUUAGUUGAUUUAGUGAUCAAUUUUGUUAGCAGUACCUUGAUUAAUAUUACCGUGAAACAUCCGAAAAUCAA